AUGGCCUUGGUGAGCAGUAGUUCAUGCUCCAACAUGGGAACCCUCCUUGAUCCCACCAUCAUCCCAUCACACAUGGUUCCAAUCUUUCACCACUCAGAAGAAGAAACAGAUCACCAUCAGCUUCUUACUUGCUGCGACGGCCUCGAUUUCCCCAACAACUUGUUCGUCGAUCCCUUAUCAUGUUUCGACCCCAUCAACCCCUUCUUCUUCCCAGAAACUUGCACUAACAAUCUCCUUCCAUGCUUCCCUCCUUUUGAUCCUCUAUUUACCCACUCAUCCCCCAAAACUUUCGAUGAAAAUUUCGAUUUGGAUUUGGAUUUCGAUUCAUGCUCCUACUCCAAACGCCAGCGGUACUGCUACCAAGAAGAUAAUUUCACUGAUCAGAGCUGCGUGAGUGGGUUUGUUCCGAGUAGUUAUUCACUGAAUUCGGACGGGCUAUUCCUUCCGCUGCCAACGGAGUGCUAUGGCGGUGGCGCUGCGGCGGAGGCAGUGGUGAGGAAAAGUGGUAAAGUGGAGGCGGGGUGCGUGUCGGCGCAGAGCAUAGCGGCGCGGGAGAGGAGGAGGAAGAUAACGGAGAAGACGCAGGAGCUGGGGAAGCUGAUACCAGGUGGGAGUAAGAUGAACACUGCUGAGAUGCUGCAAUCUGCUUUCAAGUACGUGAAGUUCAUGCAAGCCCAAGUUGGGAUUCUGCAAUCCAUGGAGUCAAUUCAGGGAGUGGGCGACAAAGAAGAAUUUCGUGCUCUCAUUGCAUCUCCAAUUGUCCAAGAAAAGCUUUACGUUGAGGAGAAGUGUUUGGUUCCCGUGGACUCUAUCAAAACUUUCACAAACCAUCAUGAAGCACAAUUAAAUUCUUUUAUUUCAAGCGAGCUCAAUCUACUUGUUGAUGAUCUCAAUAAAUAA